AUGACUAUUGAUUUACCAUCAUUAGUACCAGGUAUAGGUCAUGAAUUACGCUCAUUACGCCCAUUCUCAUCAACAAGAUAUAAUAUUGUCGCAUCACACGUAGAGAAAAGACUUGCUGUGUUAAAUAAAAUUUACUCACCACUUAUGAUUUAUCAUAAAGAGAAACUUGAUUGGGCUAAACUUAUCAGAUCCGGAAAGGUCUGGGAAAAUUAUUUUGGUCCAUUUGAAUGGCGAGAAAAGGAUUAUGAAUUUCGAUCAAAAUAUGCUGAUGUAUUGAAAGAAAUUGAUGCAUUCAAAGACUCUAAGAAAGUUACAGCUGCAAACUUUUUACAAAGUAUGACUGCUAGUUUUACACAACAAAGUUGUGCAUUGGAAGGAAAUAAAUUAGGGAUAAUAGAUACGCAAAAAAUUUGGAAUUCACUGAAAAAAAAUUAUAAUUUUGAUAAUAUUAUGACAAAUUGGAAUAUACCAUUACCUGCACCAAGCUCUCUUUCUGAUAAAGAAGAAAAUAAAGUUAUUGAAAUCCGGAAUCAUCUAAUUGCAACUUAUUAUCUUUAUAAUACUUUGUAUGUGACAAAGAAAAAAAUUGAUUUUGACGAAAUAAAAAGAAUUCAUCAAAUUCUUUUAAAAGGUACACCAAUGGAGAAUGUCCAAUUAAAUGAUUAUGAUUUUUGUGAGGAUAAAUUUCAAAGAGAGUUUAUUCUACAUAGUGGAAAAUUUCGUAAAUUGAGUGUAGAUUCAUGUAUUUCUAAUGAUGUAAUUCAUCCAUUUCCCAUUGAAGUACCUGCAUUGAUGAGAAGUCUUUUACUAUUUAUAAAUUAUGGUAUUCCUGAUAAGAUUCACCCUAUUAUGUUUGCGUGUCGUAUACUUUCUGCCUUUCAUCAUAUUCAUCCAUUUAGUACUGCCAAUGGACAUGUUGGUCGUUUAAUUAUGGCACUAUAUCUCAUCCGCAAUGAUUAUCCGCCUGUUAUUUUCCAUCAAAUAAAUCAAGAGGAAUAUAAUUCUACUCUAUUAAUGUCACAAGGAGAAAUGGAUUCAACUUCGUUAUAUGCUUUAGCGGUAGUAAAUAUUCUUAACAAUUUUAUAAAGAUGCACACAACAUGA